ACCCACAGCUCCCAGCAUGCCAGGGAGUGGCUGGGAGAGCCCGACUGUUUUCUUUAGGACUGGGGCUGGGCAGAGGGUUGCAGAGUGGACACCAGAGAGGAGCCGAGGAGACCUGAAGCAGACUGAAAGCUGAGGAGAAAAGGAGGUUUUAGGCCGGAGUUAUGAGGGUGGGAUGUGCGACCUUGGCUGGGGGGCUAUUUGGGUUAGUGGGGACUCUGUGUUUCUUCCUGGCGUUUGGUACAGACUACUGGCUGGUGGCCAGUGACAACUGCGGACCGUAUACAUGGCCAACAAGAACAACAGUGAUCAAAGAUGCCAAUGGGACUGAGAUCCAGUUAGUAGAAGCCGUCACUGGUUCUCCUCCGUCUCUCACUCUGCACCACGAGGGCUUCUUCUGGCGAUGUGUGUUUCAGGUGGAGCCCACCGCACAUGCAGUCCUGGCCACCAUCUUCACAAACCAGCCAGAAUCCAAAGUGUGUAUCCAUGGUUACCUCUUCCCUCUGCCUGUCGCACUUGGAGAGGUGCCUCAUCCGAGUUAUGAUGCUACAGCAGUGUUUCGGGGUUUCUGGACCGUGCUGAUAAUCCUCGGCCUGGUUGCAGCUCUAACUGGAGGCUUCCUCUUGGUCUGCGGUGUCCCCUUCGUCAGCCACAAACUGUACAAGCUGGGCGGUGCUUUCCUCAUCGCUGCUGCCUGCUUGUUCCUGGUCAUGAUUCUGCUGUACGUCCUGUGGAUGGAGGUGAUGGACGUGAAGCGCUACGUCCUGCAGGAGAGAGGAGACUCGUGUCCCCGUGCCGAGGUCUCGGUGCUCUACGGCCUGUCGUUCAUGGUGGCGGCUGCCGGCGUGCCUCUAGAGCUCAUCUCUGGGAUGGUCUUCAUGCUGGUGGGCCGCGCGUUGCUUGCCAGAAAGUGAGCUCGCCGUCCGGCCUGUAGUGGGAAGAAAGGACUGACCUUUUUAUGUUCCGCACUGGGACGCAGCAGCAGCACACUGUAAAUACCAGCUGCAGAGACAUGAUCAAUAUUACAGCACCACCCUUUGGAUGUCAAGUAGCAUGCAGUCAGAGACACUGAUUUUCAGUUUUCUAUAACUUGCUUUGCUUUAUUUCUAUAAAUUCACUAAUUACUCGUGUUACAGGUGACGGGAUUAAUGUGGUGUGAUAUGGAUGUUAUACUGGCAUUAAAGGAACAGUGCGUAGCAUU